CUCGGCCUCCGUCGCAUCCGAAGAAUCGAGAAGUUUUCGAUUAUGUCAUCAGCCCGGCCCGAGGCUAGACUACAAUCUCUCUAGUCUGGAUACGUGCACAUCCCUCCCCAUACAAUUAAUUCCACUUCGGGCAAGCGCGUCUCGGACCCGCGAUUUCUUGAAUGGAAAGCGCGUCUCCUCUAUGGGUCGCGUGUUUUGACGUCUGCUGUUGGCUCCGUCGUCAGAGGUCGAGAAUACUUGUAGAAGCAGCAACCAACCCCGUCACCAAAAACAAGAGCGGACUCCUCUCCUUGUAGCACUGUAAAGGUGCAGAUAACCCUUACCGGCUCUGCUACUUCGCAAUGGAAGACCCUUCGGCCGAACUGAACAAGCUCUUUGCAGCUCCGCCUGCGAAUGAACUCCCCCAAGAUGUCCUCGGCGAACUCAAAUCGAUUCUGCGGCUGCAUGCCCUGUCCCCUCAGGAGCUUUUCUUCAAAUGGGAAUCAUACAGUAUAAAGAUGGGCGCGGAAGAGACGAGAUUGAACCUGGACACGGCCAGGGCAUUCAAACAUGACAUCCAGGAGGGACUUGAGAGAGAGUCAAGGACCAAGGCACACAUCCGUACCACCGACAAGCGAAGCACAGCGGGAGCUACUCCACGCGCAAAAGCAAGUACCGACGAUGUUUUUGGCAUGAUCGAUGGUUUGAUGCCCAGUACGCCAAGGCAUGUCGCAGCUAGCGGGACCGCUACCUCGGCGAAACGGAGAAGUGCAUUCGAGACGCCGGCAUCAAAAGCAAGCAAGAACAAUGUUUUCAGUUCUCCGAGCGAGAUCAAGCCAUCACCAAGGCAGGGAGAUAUUGGCGGUAGUGGGGCCACAGUGCCGUUUUCGGAACGACCAAAUGCUGGACAGACGAUUGAGUCUCUUAACAGUCACCUGCCGGAAGCAGAAUCACCAGUGGCUCCAUCAGCAGAACCACGUAUCAAAUUAACGGCGAACACGGAUUUGAAGAAAUUCUCAUAUCGACCCAUGGCGAUGCAUUUAUCAGAAGCGUCCGAAGUUCUCGAUGAUCGGAUAGACGAAUUUAUGGCAUUGAUUCAAACACACAACAAGCUCGAAGACAAUGCGUUUGGAAAUCCGGCAACUCAAAGCACCAGCGAGGUCAUCGCUGUUGGCAGGAUCGCCUCUGAUACUCUUGAAGGAAAGCCCAAUUCUGCUUCUCUCGUUUUGGAAACAUCCAGGCGAAUGGGCGCCGGUCUGCGAGUGCCCUUAAAGGUCGACUCAUUGGCGCGGUUUGAGUUUUUCCCGGGUCAGAUUAUCGCAGUGAGGGGGGUAAACGCUUCUGGAGAUUAUUUUACCGUCCACGAAGUUCUCGAUAUUCCUCUUUUGCCAAUGGCUGCUUCGAACGCGGAAGUCCUCGACAGCUGCAAUGAACGCUUACGCGGCGGUGCUGAUUCUGAUGAGUCUGAUUCUGCUCCUCCGCUGAGCAUCUUGGUUGCGUCUGGUCCCUUUACCGCCGAAGACAACCUUGACUUUGAACCUCUUCAUGCCCUUUGCGAUAGGGCCAGCGCUACAUAUGCAGACUCCAUCGUAUUGGUUGGCCCCUUCUUGGACGUUGAGCAUCCCCUUGUCGCCUCUGGAGAUUUUGACCUUCCUGAUGACUCGCGAAUUGAGCCGGAUAAGGCCACAAUGACAGAUGUGUUCCGUGUGUUGAUCGGCGCACCUCUGCGGCGGCUGGCGGAGAAUGUCCCCAAUAUCACAAUCAUCAUGAUACCAUCCAUACGCGACGUGAUCAGCAAGCACGUGUCAUGGCCCCAGGAUUCCUUUCCAAAAAAGGAACUUGGUUUACCAAAGCAGGCUAGAAUCGUCUCGAAUCCCAUUACUCUCAACAUCAAUGAAAGUGUUGUGGGUAUCUCCUCUCAAGAUGUACUCUACGAGUUGCGUCGCCAGGAAGUCGUUGGCGGCAAACCGCGCGAGCUCAAUGUCCUCGCAAGGUUGCCCAGACACUUGGUCGAGCAGCGCCACUACUUUCCCUUAUUUCCUCCUGUCUCCAGAGAGGCCUAUCCAAAAUCCGGUCUUGACGAUGACCUGCCUAUAGGGGCUAUGCUGGACACAAGUUAUUUGAAAUUAGGAGAGUGGUUGAAUGUUAGACCUGACAUCCUCAUCUGCCCCAGUGCUCUUGCACCUUUUGCAAAAGUCGUAGAAAGCGUUCUUGUAAUCAAUCCGGGAAAUCUUUCGAAGCGCAGAGGGGCCGGCACCUUUGCCCAGCUAGCCAUUUACCCGGCGAAUAUUAGCGACGAGGAGAGAGCGGAGAAUAAGCCUAUUGAUCAUAAGAUUUUCGAACGUGGCAGAGUUGAUAUUAUUCGUAUAUAACGUGGCAAUUGGGAAAAGACAUUGUAAUUGCGGUCACAACACUGACUCGGUGGCGUUCAGGAAUCAAUAUUUUGUGCAAGAUAUCUGGAAGGCGAGAAAUGCAUUUGGGUAUAGUUUUUUUUAACUAGGUCAAUAAACCGAAUUCGGCAUCAG